AUUGAGAAUUUGGCAUUCUUUCUUUUCUGAGAAUGCGUAUUGGAUUUAUUUAUUUCGAUACGUUAUUUUCCGUUGUAUAAUGAUUAAACAUCAAAAAUAAUAUCUAUAACUUACUGAGAAUCUUUCUUGUUGUUUAGUUUGCAGUUGCUAAAAAGCAAAAGGUGAUUUUAAAUUGUGAAAAUGGCUGUGUCGAAAUCAACGAACACCUACAAUCGACAGAAUUGGGAAGAUUCAGACUUUCCAAUUUUGUGCCAAACAUGCCUAGGAGACAAUCCGUAUAUUCGUAUGACGAAGGAAAAGUAUGGCAAAGAGUGUAAAAUAUGCGCUCGUCCAUUUACAGUCUUCCGCUGGUGCCCAGGGUCUAGAAUGCGCUUUAAGAAAACAGAAAUUUGCCAAACAUGUUCCAAGUUGAAGAAUGUUUGUCAAACAUGCCUGUUGGACUUAGAAUAUGGUUUGCCUAUUCAAGUUAGAGAUGCAGCUCUUAAGAUACAAGACGAUCUACCUCGAAAUGAAGUGAAUAAAGAGUAUUAUAUUCAGAACUUAGAUAGUCAGAUGUCUAAAUUUGAUUCUACUCAACCAAGCAAUUCUGCUUUGAAGUCGAAGGGUGCUUCUGAUCUGUUGUUGAGGUUGGCCCGAACUGCACCAUAUUACAAAAGGAAUAGGCCACAUGUGUGUUCCUUCUGGGUGAAAGGGGAGUGCCGGAGAGGAGAGGAGUGCCCUUACCGGCAUGAAAAGCCCACUGACCCUGAUGAUCCAUUGGCUGACCAGAACAUCAAAGACAGAUACUAUGGUGUGAAUGACCCAGUAGCAGAAAAGCUAAUGCGCCGCGCUGCUGCCAUGCCUGCUCUUCCGCCACCCGAGGAUAGAACUGUGACCACUUUGUAUGUAGGCAACUUGCCCGAGAACAUCUCUGAGGAGGAGCUGAGAGGACAUUUCUACCAGUAUGGUGAAAUAAGGUCGCUGACGUUGGUGCCGCGAGCACAGUGCGCCUUUGUGCAGUACACGACCAGGAGCGCCGCCGAGCACGCGGCAGAGAAGACCUUCAACCGACUGGUCAUCGGCGGCAAGAGGCUCACCAUCAAAUGGGGCAAAUCUCAAGGUCGUCAAGGUACAAACGAGAAGAACGAAACAUUACCAGCUCUGGAGCCCGUGCCCGGCCUGCCCGGCGCUCUGCCCCCGGCGCCCGCCUUCCUGCAUCCGUUUCCACCGCAGAUGCCGCCGCCGCACCGGCCCAACGACUUCUUCAACCUGCACCACUACGGGCCGGCGGCGGGCUGGCCGUGGGGCGCGCCGCCGCCGCCGCCGGGCGCGGGGCUGCCUCCCCCCGGCGCGGGGCUCCCCCCCCCGGGCCCCGGCCUGCCCCCCCCGGGCCCCGGCCUGCCCCCCCCGGGCCCCGGCCUGCCCCCCCCGGGCCCCGGCCUGCCGCCGCCGGCGCCCGCGCUGCACUACCCGAGUCAGGAUCCAGCCCGCUUGGGCGCUCACGCGCAUGCCAAUGCGCCGCAGACGUAGUGUGUUUGAGCUUUACGGCUAACACGACAGAAAUGUACAAAUUCGUAAAAUCACCCGAAAUGAAAUAUUUCCACGAAAUGCAGAAUAAAAUUUUCUUGAUAGUUAUUGGCGUAUUGUUUUCCUGAUAUAAUACUGAAGGUGAUAAUUAAGAAUUAUGUGUUUGUCCAUCCUGGACAAAUUUAAAUUUAGUGUUUAUUACAGGUAGUUUAUAAAUCGACAUUGUUUCUUGAACAUAAUGUUUAUAUUGUGUCGUGAGCACGGAUGAAAGUGUGUUAGUUUAUAGUUUUCGUAUUGUAAGUAAUUAUGAAAUAAAAUAGUUUACUGCAACA